AUGGAGGCGGAUAUUUCCGCUAACACCAGCUAUCUCAACCAUCGCAGUGCUUGCGACUUCAAUGCCACCUCGUUGUUUGUUUUAAUUGGUCUAGCGAUUAUCCUUUUGUCUUUUCUAAUAUGCAUUAUUUGCGUCCUCACCUACUUUGUGUACAAAUUGCGCCAACAAACGGCUCGCUUUAUGUCACCCCUGCCUGAUGAAAGGGAUAUGAUUUUCGCCUUCUCCAACAAGCAUGCUGAAUUAAUGGAAUAUAGAUCUAAUCGACCGGCAAGUAGUGGAUCUCUUGCUGAUCCCUGGAACACUCGGUCAGAACAAUGUGAUUGCCAAAUGAUUCACAAAGAGGAGUUGAAUAGACGAUACCACAACCCGGGAGUCGACUUUCAUACAUAUCCGAAAGUGAAUGUUACUGGAAUUGGGAAUAAGUAUAUUCAACGUGUGUUUUCACAACCGGGUACCUUGCAUUUUCGUCAGAGUCAGCUCUCGUUGACGCAAGAAGAGAUUAGUACUUUGAGGAAGAUACCAAAGAAUAGAAUGGUUGAACGUCUGCUUUUGGAAUCAAACCAUCAGGACUAUACAAAUUCCAUUAGGCCAAUUUGA